UUCAUUAAUUAAUUUAUAACUUGUCAAAUACACUAACAUUAGAUAAAAUACUGUGUGUUAAUUCCCAAUAUGUUGCAUUAAAAAAUAAUUAAUAGGUAAUUCGGUAAUUUUAGUGUCAUUUAAACAAACUUUUAACAAUUACCAUAAACCAGCACCAUAUGGACUAACGCCACUGACUUUCUGCAUAAGCAGGUGAAUGUGAACUGGAUGUUGAAAGUUAUCCAGCACACUAGUACUGACUAGUACAACACUGCUAUUACUAUACAAACAAGUCACAUACCACUGAAAUCUAUUUAAUUACCGAUCGUAACAGCUCCGCCACUAGAACGUCUACACUGUUAAUCGCAAUAAGUAAAUUUAGAUAAGGGCGUUUGUGAAAAACAAAAAAAACACGAAAACUAAUAACAAGAAUAAUGACAAUUUACAGGAAUAAAGUUUCUGAGAAAAAAAAUUAAAAAAAUUAUAAAGGAUACGGUCCUUGCGGAUAACGCGUCUGUGGUUGGGAAACAACGCCAGACGUCUGCUUCUGAUUCCCGCUCAUGUCAGCCCUGGGGCACGUAGACCCUUACAGAAGCUGCAGAGGACUCACUAUUAAAUUCCACAUAAGUUCAGAAUGUUUCUGAUAGGACACUUUCGUUGAAAUACUUCAUGUCUCGUGUGAGUAUUCACUUAUUCAAACGUCUUUUUAACAGAGAUGAUUACGGAUUUUGGAAUUCUUAACACUACAAUACCACUUGAACUUACUUAAGGUUAAGGUAUAUUUCAAGAUGGCGGAUAUUUAAUUCAGAAACAUGUUUUUGAAGGAGUCCACAAGUCCCCCGUGGGGAAUAAACUAUGUAAAUACGCGCACUUUUGUUUUCAGAUUGUUUCAAUAUCAAAAAUAUUAAACGUCACUGUCUUUAACAGAACUUAAAUUUAUUAGUUUAAUAGAGAGUAACACGCGACUUCCACGUUUUUUACUUUAGAGCAUCUAGUGACAGUUUUAUUUACUAAAAACCUGUCAAAAUUUUGGAAGUAAAUACGUACUUUUAGAACAAACAUUCUUAAAUUCUUUUUUCUUUUCAUUUCUGUCAUAUCCAUAAAAUAUAGAGUGAAAUGUGAUGAUUAGUAAAAUAUUAACGUAUCUAGUUACACGUUGUAUUCUAAAGUCUUAGCAUAACAUUAUUUAACCUAAGCCAAAAUGACUUCCUUCGGAAAACAAGAAACUGAAAAACUUAAACAAAAUUUAAGUAAUCAGCUAGACAGAUUAGUGGAACAAUUGGCAGAUUUAGAUAAAUGCCGAGAUGAUUUAGAACCAGAAGAAUAUAAUGAAACUAAGGAAGAAACUCUUGAACAAUUGAGAGAAUUGAACGACAGUUUAAAAAAACUUGUUAAUGGAGAUAUAUCUUUAAUUAGUGAAUUGGGAGCUAUUCAAUUGGCCACACAGGCUGCUAUCUCUCAAGCAUUUCAUACUCCAGAAGUUAUAAAACUUUUUGGAAAAAAAGAACCUCAGUUAUUAAAACAAAGAUUAUCAAUUAUUGAACAUGAUUUUAAACUGAAUAAGCUAAGCAUUGAUGGAUUUGAAAGACAAAAGGCUGAAAUCCUAAUUGCAUUGAGACAGCUAGGAGAACAGUUGUCUUCUGCAGACUUGCAAUUUUUAGAAAAACAUAACAUCUCAAAUACAUUUAAAAACGUUGAAUUGGAAAGAAUAGAAAUGGAAGAUGAUGUAGGCAUAGCUGCACUAAUUGAUCCAUCACUCGCAAACCAUCCAACAUCUCAAAUUCACAUUUAAUUUAAUAAAAAAAGUUAUUGCAUUUGCUUUUACAAUUAGUAUUAAGUUUUAUUUUUUACAUACCAACCAUGUUGGUUUACAGCAUCUUCAUGUAAACUUGGGGUUAACAAACCUGUAAAAUCCUCCAUUCAUCCCUAUAGUAAGAAAUAGAACAAUUCACACAAAAUAAUUGAAAAUGUAAUACACACAUUACCUUAGAAAACCACCUAUAAUGGUGCAGAAGAAUAAACAAGUAAAAUCGCAACUGCAAUAACGCAUUUUCUUAUGUCUUCCUCAAUCCAGUCAAUUUAAUGGACAUUUGAACGAAUAGAAAACAGGUCUAUGCCAAACUGCUGUAUAAAUUUAACUAUUCUUUCAUUAGUCUUUUAUUUAGUGUCUUUGCAUUGUCUUUUAUUAAUUCGUAAAAAGUAUCUAAAAUUAAACUCUAAAUUAAUA